CUCCUCUUUACUACUGCUAUCAAUCCUGCUCGCAGUGUUGAGGUCUGGGAAAUACAGCAACAUUGGUACUCAGUCGGACGUUGAGUCUACUCGCACCAGCAGUUGAGUACGUGCAACAUUGCUGAUCGCGUGCAUCAUCCACUACGAACUUGGGCUAUAACUUUACGAAGUGCAUGUGAAAAGCUGAGAGUAUGGCAGACGUGGCCUCUGAACCAGUCGCCACCAUGAGAUCAAACCGAGACACGGCUCAUCCGGGUGACAUCCUGCACCAGGGCUGUGGCCAUAAAUCUCUUUUGAGUAGUGAUGACUUAUAUCAGUAUCUUUUGAAGACAACUGUGUACCCAAGAGAACCUGCCUCCAUGAAAAAAUUGCGCGAGAGCACUGCGUCCCAUCCAUGGAACCACAUGGCGACGGCUCCAGAUGAAGGUCAAUUAAUUCAGUUCCUAUUGAGGACAAUGAAUGCAAAGAACACCUUGGAGCUGGGUGUCUACACCGGGUACUCGCUUCUGGCCACCGCCUUGGCUUUGCCCGAAGAGGGAAAGAUCAUAGCCGUGGACAUAAGCAGAGAGGCGUACAAUUUGGGACUCCCCAUGAUCGAAGAAGCAGGAGUAGCGAACAAGAUCGACUUUCGUGAAAGCCCUUGCAUGGAUGUUCUCCAGGAGCUGGUCUCACAGGAAGCUUAUCAUGGGUUCUUCGACUUCGCAUUUGUUGAUGCCGACAAGAAUAACUACAUCAAUUAUCACCAACACUUGCUCAAACUGGUCAGGAUCGGAGGUAUCAUCGCUUACGACAAUACGUUGUGGGCGGGCGCAGUCAUUGCCACAGAUGACGAGCCGCUGCCCAGCUAUAUUCACUACUACAAGGGCUUCAUCAGAGACCUGAAUACUUACUUGGCUGCAGAUUCUCGCCUUGAAAUAUGUCAGUUGACUGUCAGUGAUGGUGUCACCUUGUGUCGAAGAAUCGUUUGACUUAGCCUCGCCAACUGAUACCUUUCGCUCUGAACAACAACAAUGAUAUACUUCCUCCAGUCCAUUGUGCACAUUGCAGAGAAUCUCGACCGAUGGCGAAGUAAGCUGAUCAAUAAACUUCAUCAGCUACGCGAGUGGCGACGAGAAGUUCUCCCUUACAUGCACCGAAUUACAAUAGAAAAGUGCCAUGGAUAUGUACUGCAAGGUCUAGGAUGGUUUGGUAUCCCUCAGAAUGGAUUGCCACUUCCAGCUUAUACAGUACCGUGAUACAUCUAUCGGGUACCAUAAAAGAGCUCUGAGCAUUUAUACUUCCGUACUGUGUUGCACUGUCCGGAAUCCUGGUUACAGUGACUUCCUUUUCCAUUACGAAGUUAAUUCAAUGUCUA